AUGCCCCCAAUCGCAGAAACCCGCGAGGACCCAACCAACAGGCCCCCACACCUAGGAAAAUCUUCAAUCCCGCCACAAUUUGCAGGGUGUGGAAUAUGUCGAACCCUUCGAGGUUAUUUUGAAAAUGGUGGAUCUAGUGGCUCGAUCAAUUGUGGUCCAAUCGAGGAUGCGAGAAAUACAGAAUGCCUUAGCCAUGGACCAUUGUUAAACAGUUUCUACGACUAUUGUAAUAUCAAUAGCAGGCUUAACGAUUCCCCAGACGAUGUAGGUUUUUUGGCUUCUGGGCGAGGUACUUCUGUUCAAAUUGUACAGUCGAUCAGCAAAUUAGGCCUAUUUUGGAAUCUAUCGCUGGUCCACAAUGAGAAUAUUCCGGAUCAUCCAGGCAUUGGGAGAAUACUUGACGAUGAUUGGAUUGAUUUGGACGUGAUCAAGCUCUGGAAAGAGGAAUGCCUCGUCAGACACGGAAGUGAAUGUGAGAAUCCAAUCAAGAUCUGGCCAGCUCGCCCAGCUUGGCUGAUCGAUGUCCAUCAGGGAUGCAUAGUCCCAGGUAACAACAUCACAGAUUAUGUCGCACUGAGCUACCGGUGGGGAGAUGGCUUAGAAACCCGAACGCAUAUUGAACAGCUCGAAAAAUUACAAGUGCCACACAGCCUCAAAGAUGGGGCCUUGCUAGUGAAGCUUGCGCCAAUUGUUCACCAUGCAAUUUACUUGACAGAAAAACUAGGCGAACGCUUUGUUUGGAUAGAUUCUCUUUGUAUUCCCCACGGUGACCAUAAGAUGCUGGCUGAACAGCUGGAUCUGAUGGGUGCGAUCUACGCCAACGCUAUCGUCACCAUUGUCGCCACUGACGAUGACGCUCAUGUUGGGAUUCAAGGCCUGAAAGGAGUUUCAGGCUCCCGACAGCUAAGUCAAAAUGUCUUUGCAUUUGGAGAAGACAGGAUUGCGGUGAGAAGAACUGGAAUUUUCUCAUUGUCCACUGGCGGCGAGUACCAUGAACGAGGCUGGACGUAUCAAGAAUUCAUGAUGUCGAAACGAAAACUUAUUUUCAAAAACAAAGAGGUUCACUGGGAGUGUUCGUGCUGUGUCUGGCAUGAGGACUUAACAUUAGGCACCGAGAUCGACAAGUACAUUAAUCCGCGACUAAGCUUGCUAAUGGCUGGAAUUCCCGAAAUGUCAUCUCUCCACCAUUGCAUCACAAACUACAACAUUCGCAAACUGAAAUUUGACGAAGAUGCACUGGCUGGGUUCUCAGGAUUGCUGGCCAUCUGCAGCCGAUCUUUCACGGGAGGUUUCCUCUAUGGCCUUCCAGAGAUGGAUUUUGAGAGUAACCUAUGUUGGCGGCCAUACUGGGAUUAUACUGAGCUAAGACGUAGAGUUCCCUCAAACGAUCCGCAGAAGGAAAAUGAAUUCUCUUUAGCCUUGCCUUCAUGGUCAUGGGUCGGCUGGGAAGGGAUGGUCGGCUGGGACUACGAGGCGUUGCGUGUGAAUACUCGAAUGAGCUGGUUCACUGAAACAUUCCCAAUAACAGAUUGGUACACGUGGGAUGCGAAAGAGAACAAAGCCUUGCGAAGGAUCGCGUCGACAUGGUCUAAAGCUCGAGAAGAAUACAAAAAAGCCUCCGAGCCGCUUCCUGCGGGGUGGUCACGGCACGCUCCGUCAGAAGUCGAAAGAUUCCGAGAUGAGCCUAUACUCUGGCCAGACAACUGUGGUGAACAUGUAUACAAGCAUGCCGCUGUGACUGACGAAGAUUGCCCGUUCUGGUUCUUCCCAUUUCCCAUUGCAAACAUCGACAGCACGGUCCAACCAAGUAUGCCCGAGCAAAUCGCACAUCUGUUCUGCAAAACGAAGCGCGGCUUUGUAGGUGGUUUUCGUGAAGUCUCAGAUCAAGGAAAUGAAGUGAAGCUUACCGAUUCGACUGACAAAGUUAUCGGCACUUUGCGAGUGCACAAUCAGGAUCAGCUGAGUGAAUUUCGACAACGUGAAAACGUUCCCGACAUCCUUCAGCAUGAUGCCAUUGAAUUGGUUGCUAUUUCUUGGUCCAGAAAAUACUCAAAGAAUUUCGAUAAAGAGAAGAUGUGUUACGCAACAAUUAACAAACCGCGGGACGUGGUUAACGUACUUUGGAUUGAGUGGAUUAAUGGGAUUGCAUAUCGCCUCGCCGCUGGUACAGUUCAUAAACUUGACUGGGAAGCGCUCGAGCUUCAGGAUGUAGAUUUGAUCCUUGGCUGA